GCGUGGCGUGGCUGGCGCGCCGGCGCUGGAGCCGGGAAGGGGGGGCAGGGGAGCGAUGGUCGCAAGAUGGCGGCGCUGAAGGAGGCUCGGAGCUACGGACUGUCGUGCGGGCGGGUGAGCGACGGCAGCAAGGUGUCUGUAUUCCACGUGAAGCUCACCGACAGUGCCCUGAGGGCUUUCGAGAACUACCGUGCCAACCAGGAUUCUGUUUCACUGCGACCAUCAAUCCGAUUUCAAGGAAGCCAAGGGCACAUCUCCAUCCCCCAGCCUGACUGCCCCUCGGAGUCCCGGACCUUCUCCUUCUACCUCUCCAACAUUGGCCGUGACAGCCCGCAGGGCAGCUUCGACUGCAUCCAGCAGUAUGUGUCCAGCCAUGGAGACAUCCUCCUGGACUGCCUGGGCAGCAUCCAGGACAAGAUCACAGUGUGUGCCACUGACGACUCCUACCAGAAGGCACGGCAGAGUAUGGCACAGGCUGAGGAGGAGACACGGAGCCGCAGCGCCAUCGUCAUCAAGGCUGGAGGCCGCUAUCUGGGCAAGAAGGUUCAAUUUCGGAAACCGGCCCCAGGCGUGACAGAUGCUGUGCCCUCCCGGAAGCGGGCAACUCCCAUUAACCUGGCAAGUGCCAUCAGGAAGAGCGGCACUGGCAGCAUGAGUGGGGGCAGUGGAGUGUCCCAGAGGCCCUUCCGUGACCGGGUGCUACACCUUCUGGCUCUCAGGCCCUACCGCAAGGCUGAGCUGCUGCUACGGCUACAAAAGGAUGGCCUGGCACAGGCAGACAAGGAUACACUAGAUGGCCUUCUCCAACAGGUGGCCAAUGUGAGUGCCAAGGAUGGCACAUGCACCCUGAGGGACUGCAUGUACAAGGACGUGCAAAAGGACUGGCCCGGCUACUCAGAAGGGGACCAGCAGCUGUUGAAGCGGGUGCUUGUCCGGAAGCUGUGCCAGCCACAGAGUACAGGUGGCCUCCCUGGAGACCCUGCUGCCUCUAGCCCUCCUAGUGAGCAUGGGAGUUCAACUUCACCACCUCAGAAACGGACACAGCCUCCUGAGUUCAUCGAUCCCUUGGCCAACAAGAAGCCCAGGAUUUCUCACUUCACUCAGAGAACACAGCCUGCUGCUGUCAAUGGGAAGCUGGGCAUGCCCAACGGUCGUGAGGGCCUGCUGCCUACCCCGGGCCCACCGGCCAUCUCAGACGUCCUCAGCUCCAGCACCCACCCUCCCUCACGGUUGGAGCCCUUGAGGGCCCAUGACCCUCUGGCUGACGUGAGCAAUGACCUGGGCCACAGUGGCCGGGACUGUGAGCGUGGGGAUACGGCUGCCCCAGGCCCUACUGCACGCCUUGGCUUGCCUCUGCUGACGGACUGUGCUCAGCCCAGCAGGCUCCACGGUGGCCCCUCACGCAGCAAGUCCAAGAAGAAGUCCAAGAAGCACAAAGAUAAGGAGAGGGUAGCUGAGGACAAGCACCAGACCCAGCCACCAGACCAUACGCCUGCCAUCCAUGGAGCCUCGCCAGACACCCCAAGUUUAAAUGGAACUUGUGGCUGUGCCAGUGUGCCCACGUCAACGUCGGAGAUGCCGGACUAUUUGCUAAAAUACGCAGCCAUCUCCUCCUCAGAGCAGCGCCAGAGCUACAAGAAUGACUUCAAUGCCGAGUACAGCGAGUACCGUGACCUACAUGCCCGGAUCGAGCAGAUCACUCGGAGGUUCACGCAGCUGGAUGCCCAGCUCAGGCAGCUGUCUCAGGGCUCUGAGGAGUACGAGACUACUCGUGGGCAGAUUUUGCAGGAAUAUCGAAAAAUUAAAAAGACCAACACCAACUACAGCCAGGAGAAGCACCGUUGCGAGUACCUGCACAGCAAGCUGGCCCACAUCAAGCGGCUCAUUGCUGAGUACGACCAGCGGCAGCUGCAGGCCUGGUCCUAACUGUCUACCCAACCUCGCCCUUCCUGGCAGUCAGGAUGGCUGGGGGUGGGGGGUGGGGGGGCAAAAGAAGGGAGAAAGAGGAUUUAUUUAAAAAAAUAAACAUGAGUAAGACACACUCAUCUGAGCCAGCACCGCUGGCUUUCAGGGGAAUCCCUGCAGACUUCCAGGCCAGGUCGGGUAGCUUUAAGCCCACCUGUGGCCCUUCCUGCACCUCUUGAGCAGCCCCAGAUGGGCUCCUGGGCAGACCACCUCCUUCUUUGGGGGCUUCAGCUUCCUAUCUUGCAGAAAGAUUCUGAGGCCAGAAAGACUCUGAGGCUGGCCUUUUCUAGUUUUAUACAAAGACAGCCACACUUUUAGCUAUUGCUAAUGAGACUUGAGUCUAUUUUUGUACAAAAGAGAAAGCAAAAUCUUUUUUUCUAAACCUGUGCCUCCCUCCCCUUGGAUGCCCAGGGUCUAGACACUGCCCAGUGUCCUUUCUGCAGUAUUACAGAGGCCGUCAGAAGGUACCACAUGUCCUAGAGCUUGGGGCAGGGGGUCAGAGUCUCUGUGCUGGGCUUUGGCCACAUUUUGAGGCCUUCCUCUACUCUCUCCGAGGAGUCUGCUCUUGUCAAACAAAAAGGUAGCCUGGGGGUGGCUGUUUCAAGAGCUCCAGCAGUACUCUUGGGUAGCUGGUGGGAACCCAGGUGUGGCAGAGAGCUGUGGGCCCAGGCCUGCCCUGUUAUUUCAGGCCCCUAGCUGUCAGGGCCUCUGGUGUCUCUAUGUUCCAAGCUGUGUGCUACAGCAGCAGAUUUUACUUUACAAUGUCCUUGGUUUCCCCCUUUGCUGCUGCUUCCCUGUUUCCCAUUGGCCUGUCUCCAUCCCUCCAUCCACUUGUGGGUCCCAGGGUUGUUUUGGCAGAGCCACCACCAAUGUUUGCACUCAGGGAGGGGUGGGGGUGAAGCUCUGGGGUCAGGGAGGCCCUGGGGCCCAUGGCCAGAGCAGAAGGAACCAGAAGGAUGGGUCUGUCCAUUCUUAGGGUAGGGGAGCACAGGCUCUGUGGACACCCCAGUUGCUGCUUUGUUGCUGUGCCUAGUGUCCUCAUGUCCCCCAAAGCAGCAGGAGGCAUGCGUGUGUAUGUGCAUGUACGUGUGUGUAGCGACCCACCAGGGUGCGGUGGGGUCUGAGGUGUGUGUUCCCAUUUAGAGCCGAAUGAAGCCAUGACUUGGGGAGGUGGUGGGAGGUAGCAGUGACCCAGAGCCCUGGGAGCCCGUGUGGGGGUCACAGGGUCACUGCUGCCAGCAGUAAGGCAGGGAGAGCAGAAGUGCACAAGCCUAGAUGUGUCUAUUUUUUUAAACUGCAGGGGUACCCGUAAUGGUUUCCAAAGAACUGGUGCCCCGUAGAGGUGCCUGUAGUGCAUCCCACCCCGCCCCAAAGUCUCUUUCCUUUGGGACCCUAAGUUCCAGAGCUCCAAGAAAACUGAUCCUUCCUGUUACAAUAGCUGUUGUUUUGUUUUUCAUUUGGGAUGAGGUGGAGAAAAGGGCUGAGCAGCUCUGCACAGUCAUGUUGUAUAGACUGUGCGCAGCCCAGACAUGCAGAUGCAGGGUAAUAGGAUUAUUUAAGGAGGGCCCAGUCCAGAGGGCCAACUGCUCCCCUGCCUUGAGAACGUGUUCAAGGGACUCUCAGUUGAAUUUGCCUUUUUGUUGUUGUUUGUGUUUGUUCAUUUGUUCUCCUUUUAAGGAAUUAUGAAGCUAAGGAAAGUUUUGUGCUUUGGGGGUUGGUGGACAAAAGUUGUAGCUGAUUAAAUAUUGUCUAACUUAUUGAUACUGUUUUUUUUUUUCUUUAAUGUUGUACUGUGGAGAAAAACUAUUUUGAGCCAUGGAGUUGGUGUUUACAAGAACUUUUCACUUUUGCCAAAAUGUUACAAUUGAAAGGCAUCCCGUCUUCAGUUUCCUAAUAUUUUCUUAAAAGAUCUAGUGUCCUUUUUGUACACUAAACUGGUGAAUGCUGAUUUUUUUCAACCUACAAUAAAUUUCACUGAACUGAA